AUGAAGUACUCGGAGAAAGCCAAGGUCAAGAUCUUGCCCAAACCUUCCUCGCAGGUGCCUCUAAAUCUGACUCCAUCUCCUUUGGUCCCCAUUCAAACUUCAUCUGGAGCAUCUACACCUAUACAUCAGCAUCAACAACCUGCAGGCAAGAAAAGAUCAAAACUGGCAAUGGGUGGGUCCAACACUGGUGCCGUGGAAGCAAAGAAACAACGGAAAAUCAGUUCCGCUUCGCCUAUUGACCACGAACCCCCAUCUCCAACACUUGGAGGUGGUGGUAGUGGUGGCGGUGCUGGUGCUGGUGCUUCUGCUGCUGGUUCUUUAAAGCCUUCCAAGCAAACGGGGCACAGACCAGUCACCUCGUGUAGUUUCUGCCGCCAGCACAAGAUCAAAUGCAAUGCAUCUGACAAUUAUCCGCAACCGUGUCAAAGAUGCGAACGAAUGGGGUUGAGAUGUGAGAUUGAUCCUCAGUUCAGACCCAAGAAGGGGUCGCAGAUCCAAUCCUUGAAGCUGGAUGUCGAUGAAUUGAAAGCAAAGAUUGAAAUGUUGACUAAAAACGAAAGUUUGCUUACACAGGCGUUGAAUCAGCAUAACUUGUCCUUUUUCCCGCAAAAGUCGCCAUCUAUGGGACCCCAGUCGCCUCAUCCGAUGCCGCAGCAGCCGCAACCCAAUAGAAGCCAAUCUUAUACUAUCCCUCACCAUGUGAGCCCCAUGGUGUCACCGCCUAUAUAUCAACAUCCACAUCAACAUCAACAUCAACAUAGUCAAAGCCUAAGCCAGAGUCAAAGUCUAAGUCAGAGCCAAGGCCAGGGCCAGGGCGUCGGUGCUCAUGUGUCGCCUAUAUCAUCAAUCACCAAUAUUCAACACCACCCAACUUUGAUGCAUGAAAAUUCCGACAACUCUCCAUCGGCAGUAAACACUCCCGACAUCACCAAAGAAGAAAACUUUCAACCUAUAUCUGAGUUCAUAUUGGGCAAUGUCAAAUUGCCCAUUGCAAAAGCUAAUGAACUCCACGACCGGUUCAUGUCCAAGCAUGUAAAUUUCCUACCCAUCAUCACGUCGCGCUCGGCAACUGAAUUGUACCACAGGUCCAACUUGUUGUUUUGGAGCGUGAUUCUCACCGCGAGCUUGUCGGAACCUGAGCCUACAAUAUACAUGUCGCUCGCGGCAUUAAUCAAGCAGUUGGCUAUCGAGACCUGCUGGAUCAAAACUCCAAGAUCAACUCACGUGAUUCAAGCACUAAUCAUUCUCUCCAUCUGGCCAUUGCCCAAUGAAAAAGUCUUGGAUGAUUGCUCGUAUCGAUUUGUGGGCUUGGCCAAAAAUCUCUCGUUGCAAUUGGGAUUACAUCGUGGUGGCGAGUUUAUUCAAGAGUUCAGCCGAAACCAAGUGAGUCUUGGCCCCGAUGCCGAGCGGUGGCGGACUCGAUCGUGGUUGGCGUUGUUUUUCUGCGAGCAAUUUUGGUCUUCUCUAUUGGGCUUGCCUCCCUCAAUCAACACCACCGAUUAUCUUUUGGAGAAUGCCAGAGUUGACCAGUCCUUGCCCAGGGAGUUCCGCUGCUUGAUCUCAUUAUCGAUUUUCCAGUGCAAGUUGGUCAAUGUUAUGGGGAUCAGUGUCACGCGGCCGGAUGGGUUAUUGGAACCGCUGAACCGGGCCGGUUCCUUGGGGUUAUUGGACCGAGAGUUGGAGAGAUUGAGAUUCAAGUUGCGAUUUGACAAUAAUUCAGCUAUAGAGGUUUAUUAUCUAUAUCUCAAGUUGAUGAUUUGCUGUUUUGCCUUUUUACCGGGCACGCCCAUCGAGGAUCAAGUGAAAUAUGUUAGCAUGGCGUAUUUGUCGGCCACGAGAAUAGUCACCAUAGUGUCGCAGAUGAGUCAGGACAUCUCAUUGAUUGAGAUGCCUAUUUAUGUUAGACAAGCUGUCACUUAUUCAGUUCUACUUUUGUUCAAGUUGCAUUUAUCAAAGUAUUUGAUUGACAAGUAUGUUGACAGCGCACGACAGUCGAUUGUCACUGUGCAUAGACUAUUCAGAAACACGCUUUCUUCUUGGAAGGACUUGCAAAACGACAUUUCGAGAACUGCUAAAGUCUUGGAGAAUUUAAACAUGGUUUUGUUUACCUACCCCGACAUUUUCAUGAGGGAAAAUGAGCAAGGUUCGAGUAUAAUCACCAGAAUGAGGUCUCAUUUGACGGCUUCGUUGUUUUACGACUUGGUCUGGUGCGUCCACGAGGCAAGAAGACGUACGGUGCUAGACAAGGGCAAGAACAAGAAACCAGUUGAGGUAGCGACGGAUAAGAGGGUGAUGCCGCUCCCAUUUUACAACCAAAUCACCAAGGAUGAUUUCAGAACAAUUACAACAACGACGCCAAACGGGACAACCAUUACAACUUUGGUGCCCACGGAUCAAGCAAUGACGCAAGCUCGACUGAAUGCAACAGACAACAAGCCGUUGGAAAUCAACGGAAUCCCACUUUCUAUGUUGGAAGCAACUGGGUCCACCAGAGACGCAGUGGUCAACAAUAACAAUAACAAUAAUAGCAGCAGCAAUAGCCACAACCAGUCCCAAGAAGCCGCUUCAGCCUCCGCGUCCGCGUCCGCGUCUGCGCCACCACAUACACACUCAGCGCCAUCCUCUUCCUCGACAUCACUGCAGCAUCACCUGCAACAUCACCCGCAGCAAGUACAAGAACAAGGUCUGCCGCAACCAACAAUCAAGCUAGAGCAAAUGCCACCACAAUUGCCCUCUCAAUUCCACCCACAGCAGCUGCAACUGCCCUCAUUCCCCUACGGCGCGACCCAGUCUCCACCGCCUCAGGCCUACUUGGCGCCAAUUGAAGAAGACGGGCAUGCCAUGUUUAUGCAAAAUGGACAUGCGUCUCAAAUGGCGAUGGAACAAAAUAUGCCAAUGUCGGGCUCAUUUGUUGCUCAGAUUGACAAUUUCUUCCAACAGCAGCUGAACGGGUGGAUGGAUAACCAAGAUGAUGAUUUCUUGGGUUGGUUUGAUAUGAACAUGUUGCCGGACCAGUGA